AGUCCGGAGAUGAUCGAAAUACUUAGAACCAUCAAAAGUAUCGACGGUGAAAUCGUGAUUAUUUCUGAUGCGAACGUGGUGUAUAUUGAAGAGGUGUUAAAGGCAUACGGUGUCCGCGACUUGAUCACUCAUGUUAUUACCAAUCCCGCUUCAUGGGAUGAAAACGGUCGGCUUCGCAUUCGUAGGUUGGUUCCGAAAGACAACCCGCACGGGUGCAAGAAUAAUUGUUCGGAAAAUAUCUGUAAAGGAAAAGAACUUCUGGGUCACAUCUCCUCUGGCCCCAGAUACGAUCGAAUCAUUUAUGUUGGGGAUUCUAUGAAUGAUUUCUGUCCCGCCACUAAAAUGUCGAG